AUGGCUCGUAAGGAUUAUGCGGCAGAGAAAGACAAAUGCAAAAGGGUCCUGCAGGAGUUUUAUUCUGAGGACGACAAUGGGAAGAAGGUUUUCAAAUAUGGAGCUCAACUUGUGGCGCUGGCCCACAGGGAGCAGGUGGCUCUCUACGUGGAUCUGGACGAUGUGGCCGAGGAAGACCCCGAGCUUGUUGAGAGCAUCUGUGAAAACGCCAAGCGCUACAUGGUCCUGGUCGCUGACGCCGUCCACGAACUGCUGCCAGAGUACAAAGAAAGAGAUAUUGUUGCCAAGGAUUCUUUGGACGUGUACAUUGAGCACAGGCUGAUGAUGGAACAGAGGGGUCGCGACCCUGCAGACACCAGAGACCGUCGUAACCAAUACCCUCCUGAACUCAUGAGGAGAUUCGAGCUGUACUUUAGGGCUCCCACCACUUCUAAACCCAAAGUGGUUCGUGACGUGCGAGCGGACAGCAUCGGGCAUCUGGUGAACGUUCGCGGAAUAGUGACUCGCGCCUCUGAAGUCAAACCAAUGAUGGCUGUCGCUACAUACACAUGUGACCAGUGUGGUGCGGAGACCUACCAACCUAUCCAGUCUCCCACCUUCAUGCCCCUCGUCAUGUGUCCCAGCCAAGAGUGUGUCACCAACAAAUCUGGAGGGCGGCUCUACCUGCAGACCAGAGGCUCAAAGUUUGUCAAGUUCCAGGAGCUGCGUAUUCAGGAACAUAGCGACCAGGUGCCCGUCGGAAAUAUUCCAAGGAGCAUGUCUAUUUAUGCCCGCGGAGAAAACACACGUCUCGCCCAGCCAGGAGACCAUGUAGCCAUCAACGGAGUCUUCCUCCCUCUUCUUCGCACAGGAUUCAAACAGGCCACUCAGGGUCUUCUGUCAGAAACAUACAUGGAGGCUCAUAGCAUCACACUCAUGAACAAGUCGGAGGACGAUGAGCUUGGCAAUGAUGAUCUGAGUGAAGAGGAGCUGCGCAGCAUCACAGAGGAGGGAUUUUAUGAGAAGCUAGCCGGCUCGAUAGCACCAGAGAUCUAUGGACACGAGGAUGUAAAGAAGGCUCUGCUCCUGCUGCUGGUGGGAGGGGUGCAACAGGCUCCCAAAGGCAUGAAGAUCAGAGGCAACAUAAACGUCUGCCUGAUGGGAGACCCCGGAAUGGCCAAGUCCCAGCUGCUGUCCUACAUUGACCGUCUGGCUCCUCGAAGUCAGUACACGACGGGUCGCGGUUCCUCCGGUGUGGGUCUGACUGCAGCGGUGAUGCGUGACCCCAUGACCGGAGAGAUGACGCUGGAAGGAGGAGCCUUGGUGCUCGCUGACCAGGGAGUCUGCUGCAUUGACGAGUUUGAUAAGAUGGCCGACGCUGACCGGACAGCCAUCCACGAGGUUAUGGAGCAGCAGACCAUCUCCAUCGCUAAGGCCGGCAUCAUGACCUCCCUCAAUGCCCGCUGCUCCAUUCUAGCAGCCGCUAACCCCGCCUACGGCCGCUACAAUCCCAGGAAGAGCAUUGAGGCGAACAUUCAGCUUCCCGCCGCUCUGCUCUCCCGUUUCGACGUGCUGUGGCUGAUCCAGGACAAGCCGGACGCCGACUCUGACCUGCGUCUGGCCCAGCACAUCACCUACGUCCACAUGCACUCCCGCCAGCCGCCUACUCACUUCACCCCCAUCGACAUGAAGCUGAUGAGGCGUUACAUGGCUGCGUGUAAGAAGCGGCAGCCGGUGGUGCCUGAGUCGCUGGCUGAUUACAUCACCGCUGCCUAUGUAGAGAUGAGGAAGGAGGCCCGAGUCAGCAAAGACACGACCUUCACCUCGGCCCGAACCCUCCUCUCCAUCCUGCGUCUGUCCACUGCCCUGGCUCGCCUUCGCUUGAUGGAGACCGUGGAGAAGGAAGACGUCAACGAGGCCAUGAGACUCAUGGAGAUGUCCAAGGAUUCACUUCAAGCCGACAAGUCCAGCGCCACAAGGGCUCAGCGUCCGGCCGACGUCAUCUUCUCUCUGGUGCGAGAGCUCUCCUCCGAGGGCUUGGCUGGAAAAGGUGGCGCGGGCGGGGUGGUGCGAGUGACUGAAGCAGAGCAACGUUGCACCUCCCGUGGCUUCACCCCAGCCCAGUUCCAGGAGGCGCUGGAGGAGUACGAGGAGCUGAACGUGUGGCAGGUGAACCAGGCCCGCAGCCGCAUCACCUUCGUCUGAAGAAACACCCCUUCAUGCACUCCGAGGGAGAACUCUUUGUUGUGGGCUUUCUACAGACUUCUAUCGGGGCUCUGCUCAUUUCCUCCGGCAGCAUCAAGCAGAACCUGGACAUUUUGAAGCCUGACUAUUUUGCAAGAGUCCCUGCUGUUGGAAAGUCCAUCGCUUUUUAUGUUAAGAUUCCUGUUGUUCCUAAAUCUCUUGUAAAUAUGCAUGUCAGAAUUUGGGAUUGUGUAGCAUUUGCAGUUACGAGUUUAACGCUUCCCCUUUUUUUUGCAUUUCUGUAUAUUUCAUACACUUUCAAUGCAAAUCUUGAAGAUGAAUUAGUGUUGGGCCUUGUGUUGUGAAUGAUAGUUAUAAUAAAUGAUGGUUCAAUA